CAUCACAAACAGGCCUCAGUGCAAAACAUUCUCGCCGCGACUGUACACGAUAUCACAACAAUAUUAAACGCGCCGUCCGAAUUGUCCAUUACAUCAUUUUACAAUCGAUCCUAACACUCGUCGCGAGUGUACUCAAGUCUCUACUACUAUAUAUAUUUUCCUCUUCCACCGAUAAUAGUCCAUUCAUUCAUUUCAGAUGGAUGUAUUUCGAACAAAGGGAAGACAACAAACAAGUUGAGGAGAUGGAGAACGUGAAUAAAGACGUGUAGUGGCCGCGGUGACCGACGGACUUAACGCAUUUAUUUUAUUAGUGAAAGUGUUAUUGGACAUUAUUACAGUGUUGAAUAAGUGUGAUUGUUUAAUAAAAUCCUGUCGAGUUUCAUAGUGGGUUUUAUUCAUUUUUUUAACGAGAAACAAUCGGAUGUUUUAAUAUAACAGCAGUGACAGUCCGCGAAGGAUCGCCGACUUGUUUGAGUUCAGCAACGUGUUAAGUUUAUUUUCGAUUUCUCGGUGUGUUUGUGGACGCAUUAAAGACUGAUAUGGCAACAUAAGAGUGUUUACUUACAGCCGAACAAUAGGUCGCGAGCGACGUCCUAACGUCGGCGGCUUACCAGUAAUUCAAUAUUAUACGGUAUUUAUCUUGGUGCUGUGAGGAUGUCCAAUAUAACAACAAUGUGACCCAACUUUGGAGCUUUACUGGGAUCUCGGACGAGGUAUAUGUUCCUUGUUCCAUAUUUCAAUCUCCAGUGAGUAUUGAUUUAAUUUAAAAUUUUAAAAAAAGUUUAAUAAGAAAUCUAUCAAAAUGAGCAACACAGAUAAAUCUGGUGAUAAAAUGCCACGCGAUGAGACGACAGAGGAGUUACCUCUUAAAACUGAGGCAAAGAAUGUUGUCCAAAACAUGACCUUUAUGGAGAAGUUAAAAUAUAUCAAAUCGAAUAUAACGGUAGAACCGGUUCUAAUACUGUUUGUGGCGCCGAGUGUGCUGGGUAUGUUGGCGACGCAAAAUUUGAAUUUGGAGAAAGCAUGCAGGGUCAACCUAGACUUCGGAGACGAGGCAUGUACCGCACUUAGACUUAGGAAACGAGCGAAUUACACAUACGAAGAGGAAGAAGUACAGAAACUAAUAGCUUCAGUUCUAGCAUGGAGGAGUGUGGUUCACACAGCGGUGCCUACAUUGUUGAUGCUCUUCAUAGGCGCGUGGAGCGACAAAACAGGGAAGCGUAAGAUCUGCAUGCUAAUGCCAAUCUUUGGGGAGUUCAUGACGUGUAUGUUGAAUAUGAUAAACACGUAUUUCUUUUACGAGAUCCCAGUGGAAUGGACUGUUCUUAUGGAGGUAAUGUUCCCAGCACUGACUGGAGGCUGGUACACAAUGUUCCUAGGUACUUUCAGCUACCUAGGAGAUAUUACUUCUAAGGACACAAGGACUUUCCGAAUCGGAAUUUUGAACUUAUGUAUGACAGUGGGUUUUCCAAUCGGGAUGGGACUAAGUGGGAUCUUGCUUCGGUUUCUCGGAUAUUAUGGGGUGUUCUCAGUAUCAGCGUUCCUGCAAUUUAUCAAUUUCUGUUACGUAUUGUUCGUAAUAGAUGACCAUACUUGGCUGGAGAAUAAAGACAAGGUCAAACGAACAGGCUGCAGCGGCUUUUUCUUAGAGUUCUUUGACUUCCAAAGUCUUAAGCAUACCAUAGAAAUAGCAUUCAAGAAGGGACCGAAUAACAGGAGAUUACGAAUAUGCCUGAUCCUGACUGUCGUGUGCCUAACUUUUGGACCUAUGUGGGGUGAAAUGAGUGUGAUAUACAUAUUCACGCGAUAUCGCUUCAAUUGGGAUGAAGUUAAAUACAGCAUCUUCUCUUCGUACAGUCUAAUCACACAUUCCGUGGGAACCCUAUUUUCCAUCAGCGUGUUCAGUAAGAAGCUGAAGGCAGACGAUGCAGUACUUGGAAUCAUUUCAACCAGCAGCAAAAUAUGUGGAGCAAUGGUAUUCGCAUUCGCUAGGAAUGACUAUGAAGCAUAUUUAUCACCAUUAUUGGAAAUCUUAAACGGCACCUCCGCGAUAGCUCUGCGAUCUAUUGCUUCUAAAUUAGUCACUUAUCAAGAAUUAGGCAAAGUGUUCUCAUUAUUCGGUGUGGCGGAGACGGUGAUGCCGAUCAUAUUCGCGCCGCUCUACUCCAAGAUAUACAUAGCAACACUGACUGUGUUGCCAGGGACCGUGUUCCUCGUCAGCGCCAUCGUUACCAUACCUGCCCUUGGAAUUUUUGGAUGGUUCUACCACCAACACAAGAAGGAUGAGAAAGAGAAAAGACUGAACGUGCCAAAUACUCCGCCCCUGCCAGGGGAUAGUCCUGUAAUGUCCGCGUAGACAACAAUACUCUAUUUAGUCGAGUCUCUAACUAUUGAGUCCAGUCUUCGAUCAUGACGAAAACAUGUCGCAAAAGUAUCCCGAUUUAAGACACUCAUACGCUUAAAUGUUUGUGUGUAUAGCAUACUGAUAAAUUGAACAAACCUCAGUAAAACAUUAAUGAGAUUAGUUCAUUAUAAACCUUCUCUAUAAUGAACAGUAUCGAAAUUAAGACGUUUGUCAUCGCAUCAAAUAUAAAAAAUUGGCAGUAGAAUAAUGUUCUUUUUGAUCUAAAUUACGUUAUUAAUAAAAAAAAUAUUUCAUUUUUAUAAAUAGAGUCCAAAUUACAACGGGGUGUUCUUUUUGUGAGGACGUUGUUUGCUGCCAAUUGUGAUAUGUAUAAUUGAUCGAAGGGUCCAAUCGUGAAUUUAAACUAGGUACGUAAAAAGAAAUAUUUGGUCCAGCCGUUUUAAUGUGAGAAAUUAACACAUUUAAGUAUAAAAAUAAUUAAACUUUGUAGUAUGAUUAAAAAAAAAAAAAUGAAUCCUUAUACAAAAAUAUUUAGUUUUUGUUUUGUAAAAUUUGUUGUGAAUGCUCUUGUAUUUUUAUUAUCAGACAAAAAAUACGUAAAUAAUAUUAAGAAUAAUUUACUUAUAGUUAAUUUUUUUAACUGGUUGAUGAAUUAAUGUUACCUAUAUUAAUGUAUGUAAAAAUACUUUAAAAUAAUAAAAUAUCAUUUAGCAACUAUUUUGUGAAA